CGCGGUCACACUGGUUAACUGUAAAAUAACAAUAACAUAUUUUAUUUGUGUUCUGAAUUUCCUUUAAUUUGUGUUCGUGUUUUCUUUUUGUAUAGAUUUUGCUCGCAAAGUUUUUCAAUCAGUUCUAGUUUGUUAUUUGUUAUUUGGUAAUUUGCUAAACGCAAGGCAAGGGCAAAAACGCGGAAAUCGCUGACUGCGCAUCUUUCUUUGUUGUUGCACCCAGGAACACAUGUGCGCGGUGUAAGAACAAAAACAUCACAUCUUUUGGUAUCAGCUAUUUCGCCGAACUUUCUGCAUCGUCAUCUUCAUUGUGAUCGAAAAUGUCGCACCUCGACAAUAUAUUCAUCCAGGUUCGGGCACGCCUCCAAUCCGAGGGCGUUAAGCUGUGGGAGGAGCCGUACUAUUCCGAGGAUCUUGGCAGCAUAGAGGGCGCCCUGGAGAACCUGGCCAAGGAGUACUCCAACAUCAUGGGCUUCGACCUGUGUCGCUGCAAGUUCAUCCUGACCGAGUUGCAGGAGAACGCGCUUCGCAAGCUGGCCGCCCGCCGGGAGUACAGCUCCACCGGACUGGCCACGUUCAAGGUUCGCCGCAUUGACAAGCACAGCGGCGCCACCAUGGUGGACAUCAAGUGCGACCUCAACUCCCUGGGCUCCGACCUGCAGGCGGCCAUAGCCGAAAAGCUCCAGAUGCCGAAUGCCGAGCACGUGAAGUGCAUCGCCGCCGGAAGAGUGGUGUCGAGCAAUGCCUCCUUGGCUGACCAGCUGCUGAGGAACAACCAGCAGUUGAUUGUGAUCGUGGGCGAUGGGGAUAAUAGCGGCGAGGCCCUGUACGAAAGGAUCAAUCGCAUCAAGGCAGAUGUCCAGGCAGUGGUGUCCUCCCAGAACCGUCUCAUUGAAAUGGAGGACCAGAACGGCAGUCCCGUCUUUCUGCCACCGGCCGAGAACCGCGCCCUGCUCCUCGGCCUGGGAUUCUGCGAGAAGGCCCGUGCGGCCAUGUUGCGCGAAGAUUACGAGGAGGCUCUGCUCCUGCUCUUGGAGGCCGACCAGUCCUUUGCCACCUGCGAUUCGCAGUUCCUCGAGUCGGUGGACAACUAUGCUUUGCUCAACCUGGACAUAGUGUGGUGCUAUCUCUGCCUAAAGAACGUGACCCAACUGCCGGAUGCCGACCGACGGCUGGCCGUCUGCGGCCGCAAUUUCCGUCGCAGCUAUGGCGAGAAUUUCGAGAGACUGUACUCCAUGAAGGGCAAGGCCUGUCCGGAAAGGGCUUUGAUUAUGCGCCUGCAGCUACUCCAGGGCGUGGUCAUGUUCCACCAGAAUCGCCGCGAUGAGGCCUUCGAGCGCUUCGAAGCGGCCAAUAUCCUGCUGAGGGAACUCAAGAUCAACGGCGAUCAACUGGCUCUCCUCGUCGAGAUGGGGUUCGAGCCCGCCGAGGCUCGGCUGGCCCUGCGCUCCUGUUCGGGCGGCAGUAACAUUGAGCUGGCUGUACAGUUUAUCCAGGAGCGUCGGCAGCAGCUCAAGGAUGCCCGCAAGCAGUCCAAGGCAGAGCGUGCCCUGCAGCGCCGCUUGAUGCGCUCCAGCGCCAACGAUAGCGACUGGGUGAAUCCGCGCAGUGUGUGCACCCUUACCGAAAUGGGAUUCGAGAGCGGACUAGCUACCGUCGCCUUGCAGCGCUCCAAAAAUGAUCUACAAAAAGCGGUGGAACUGCUGCAGACUGAAGCCGACGUGCUGCGUGCUGCCUUGCCCCGCAACAGGGUCACCAGCGACCAGGAGAAGCUGCUCCAGCUCCUCCAGCUGGGAUUCAAGGAGGACAACUCGCGCGUGGCCCUCGAGAACGCAUCGAAUAACAUUGAGCGGGCCAUCGAAAGCCUGCUGAGAGCCUUCCAGAGUGAGGAGGAGCUGAAGGAGACUCUGGAGCGUGUUGGCCGCUUGGCCGGAAUCGAAGGUCAGAACUGGGAUGGUCCCUCCACCUCAAACGCCUCCAUUGGGGCACAGACUGCUCCGCCAUCGCCCCUCAUCGAGGCGGUUAUGAAGCAUGCUCGCUCUGAGAUAGAGACUUACAAGGCCUAUGAGCGCUUCAACGCCGACAUCAGUCAGAAUGAUAUGGACUACCUGGACUUGCCGUUGGUCCAGGAGGAGAAGGUCCUGCAUGAGUAUCUCAAUCUGUUGCAGCAGUAAGAUGCAUUCGCCUUAUCUUUGCAAUAUCUCUAUAGAAAAUAGGAAAACAAAAACCGGUUGUGGACAUAACUGUAAUCAUGACUUGUCUAUAUUGCAAAUCGCAGUCUUAUAAUGGCACUUAAGUGGCAUUCAGUCGGCUCCCGCCACCUCCCUCCUGGCUGUUGUUUGUCCAACUCGGCAAAUAGUAACAUAUAAAGAUUUAUAAGUACAUGCCUGCCCCUUCUAUUGACAACUGCGAAAUGUGAUUACGCCGAGACAGCGGCAGAAUCCACCUUUCUGAGCCACCUGAAACUUGUUAGCGCCUCUGGCAGUUACUUAUUUUUAUUUCUAUUUUUUGUCGCUUGACUCUCGACCCCGGCUCAAACGGCAGCGCUUGAUUGGCUCCAGUCGUGACCUUGUCGGGGCCAAAGGGCGCCGCCCACUAAGCUCAUCCCCUCGUCGAAUUGAACGCAAAGCACCCGAUCAUCUAUAAAAACAAUCAGCUUCGCAAAGCAUUUUUGUUAACUAUUUUUAUAGCAAUAUGUACGAUGGCUCAAAGACUGAAGAAAAAGGGGACAUUUGCAGGGACUCAUUUGAAUCAUUUUGUAUACAUUUACAAAAAGCCUUAAAGUUAACAUGCGGGCUUAUACGGGUUUUAAAUAAGCGAUUUUAUAACCCCUCCAGUAAAAUGGAGUUUUUGUUUUUAUUUUAAAUAUUAUUUGUUGAUAUUGUUUCCAUUCUUCUAUAAAUUAAAUUAAAAUCUUAAAGGGAAAAAUCAAAAGAAGGAAAUCAGAUAUUUCCAUUUUGAUACCGAAAAAUGCUAAACAUGCAUGUAAAUAAUAAGUCAAUCGCACAAAUAUUCUAUAUUAAUCUUAUAAAGAAUAAUUUUCAGACAUGUGAUAUAAGUAAACAUCGAUGUUCAUGAAUAAAAACCGAUUUCAUUUUGAUAAAAA